AUGAUUUGGACCAAUUCAUUUCUUCUCUCCCUCGCGGGUGCUUCCCAUGUGGCAGCCCAGUCGUUUCAGCAGACACCAGUCAUGGGCUGGAACUCAUACAACCAAAUGUCAUGCAGUCCCAACGCCCAGAAAAUCACCACGACCAUCAACGCUCUUGCCAGCCGUGGAUUUGUUGCUGCGGGUUACAAGUAUUUCCAGAUUGAUUGCGGAUGGGCUUCAAGGGACGGACAACGAAACUCUACCAACGGCGCCUUGAAAGUGGACUUGAAAGCCUUCCCUAACGGACUCCAGCCACUCGCCGACCUAACAAGAUCCAAGGGAAUGAAGUGGACCAUGUACUCAGACGCAGGUGUGAGGAUGUGUGACCCUCAGUCACCAAGUCCAGUCUUGGGCUCUCUGGGCCAUGAGGCUGCGGAUGCCGCUUUUUUCAAGUCGCUUGGUACUGAAUACGUCAAAUACGACAACUGCUAUGCAGAUGGACCUAACGCUAGCCAAAAUGCCCCAAAGAAUGCCAGGACCGACUUUGUUACUCGAAUGGGCGCCAUGUGGAAGGAGCUGCAGAAGGUUGGCGUUCCCGGAAUGUUGAUCUGCCAAUGGGGUGUCCCCUACUCUACCUCCGCUGGUCUAGAGGGACCUGAUACGUGGACCAAGGGCAUUUCUACCUCUUUCCGUCUGUCAGACGACAUUACUUCGGGCUGGGCGUCAAUGUUCCGCAUCUACAACCAAGCUGUCCAUAUCGCCAAAUCUGGCAACGUAGGCCCAGGACACAUUGCCGAUGCCGAUUUACUCGAGGUUGGCAAUUCCGCCAUGUCUUUCGACGAACAAGCCACACAUUUCGCUGCUUGGGCUAUGCUCAAGUCUGCGCUGAUGAUCUCAACUGAUGUUGCGGCAUUGUCGAACGAAUUGGUCACUGUCCUCCAGAACAAGGAUCUCAUUGCCAUCAACCAGGAUUCGGCUGUCAAGCCAGUUACCCUCCGCCAACGAUGGAGCGGCGAUCGUGAUCUAUGGGCAGGAGAUCUCGCAAACGGAGAUAUGGCCGUCUUGGCUGUGGAUCUCAGCAACACUGGCCGCACCCUCACCAUUCAGCUGGCCGACCUGGGAAUUGCCUCUGCGACCAUCAAGGACAUCUGGGCUGGUACCACCACCACCGGCUCAUCCUUCUCAAAGCAAAUCAAAGCUCACGGCUCUGUCCCACUCCGCCUAUCCAACAUCCAACGCUCAACAGCCGCCAAGCCACAGUACAACUACGUCUCCGUAUCCACCGGCUCUCUCUCCUCGGGCGCAAACACCUCGCCUUGCUCGGGCUGCACGUCCUCCAACAAGGUCGGCAACAUUGGCGGCUCAAACGGCGGCCGCGUCACCCUCUCCAACAUCCGCACUUCAAAGGCCACCCAAACCGUGCGCUUCGACUACAUCAACGGAAACGUCGACUACAUGGGCGGAACCAACGAGCGCGUUGCAUCAAUCAGUGUCAACGGCGGUGCCGCAAAGACUGUUAGCUUCCCCCUCACAGGCUACAACUGGAGCAAAGAUGUUAGCAAGGAUUAUGCCGUUGAACUCUCGGGAUUCAGCACUACUGGUCCCAACACGAUUACCAUCUCAGGAGCUGGAAGCUCGCCUGGACCUGACUUUGACAGGAUUGGUGUCGUUGCUUAA